AUGGAGUUUGGCUCAAAGACUGAGGAUACGAAGCCCUCAUUCGUCGACACUGAGAUCGGCAUAGAUGUUCGGUCUGACCAGGCCCACUCAGUCAUCUAUAUUGAUCCUGAGAAAGAAGCAACAGCUCGGAGAAAAUUCGACAAAUACCUUGUACCGGUUUCCCUCAUAUUCAUUACUCUGUCCGCGUUGGACCGAAACAAUAUCGGAAAUGCUGUAGUCUUUGGCUUUGAUCAAGACUUAGGUCUUGUGGGCAACCAGUUUAAUAACAUCCAAACUCUAUCCAGCUUUUGCAGUUUUGCCGGCGAGCUCCCUUGGACCCUAGUUGUCAGACGCUUUGGUGCUAGGAAGGCACUCGGUACUGCAUUCCUCUUAUGGAGUAUCUGUACCCUCGGAACCGCCUUUAUCCACACAUAUGGUCAAGCUAUCGCCGUCCGGAUGAUUCUAUGCGCCUGCGAAGGCGGUCUGUCUCCUGGGUUUGCCUUUGUUUACUCAACUAUUUACCCCCAAGAUCAAGCAGGAAAGCGUAUUAUGACGACCAACCUUGCCCAGUGCAUUUCCGGUGCUUUUGGUGGUCUUUUUGCCUAUGGAAUUCAAAACAUGGGAACUAAAAGAGGCCUAGCGGCUUGGAGAUGGUUGUUCAUUAUUGAGUUUUGCGUUACUAUCUUUAUUGGUGGAAUUGGCUGGAUCUUUAUCCCCGAUUCGGCCGAAACUGCAUGGUAUCUCAACGACGAAGAAAAGGAAACUAUGCGUCUUAAGAGAAAGCGAGACUAUGUUGUUCGAGGAGAACAAAAUUUCGAUUGGAAAUGGGCUACAGAAUCACUAAAAGACCCCUUUGUCUACCUCCUCGGCAUAGCCUUCUUCACCUCAUCGGUCGCAAUCAAUGGCUUUGGUGUCUUCCUACCUUCUAUUAUUAAUGGCCUAGGAUAUACUUCCCUUCAGGCUAACUACCUAACUAUCCCAGUCUAUAUUCUUGGUGCUAUCUCUCUUUUGACCCAGGUCUACUUGUCUGAUAAGCUUAAGCGGCGAAGCAUAUUUAUCAUCGGCUGCUGUGUUCCGGUUGCAGUCGGUUACUUAAUCUGUGUAGGGUCAUCGGUCCCUGGUGCUGGCUACGCGGGAAUGUUCAUUCUCGUUAUUGGGCUCUACCCUAUUUCCACGCUCGCUGUGACCUGGGCGACUAAUACGUUUGCACCGGACUCCAAACGUGCAAUCGCUAUGCCGAUCGUAUAUACGAUGGCCGAUAUUUCCUCGAUGGUGUCCUCACAACUCUACCCUAGCACACAAAAGCCCCGAUAUAUCCAGGGAAACGCAAUCGCUCAGGUAGCGUCGAGCUCGUCGAUCAUGUUCCAGCUUAGCAAUGAUACAGAGUUCGCCUUCGUCUUGGAGUCUGUCCUGUCGCUCAGUAAUAACCUCGGUGCCCAGACAGGUAAAGUCCUGCGGGCCGCGAGCCGAUUAUUCCGGCCGACUUGGAGAGCUGGUAUAAAUAAUUUUUGUUCCUUGGCGAUUCCAUUCAUGCCAAGGCAGCGGCUAUCAACGCCUCCCGCUUUCCCGUCUCGUCAGGCCUACUUCCGCGCGUCUACAUACUACCGCAAUGCCCCCUUCUUCCCGCAUGGGAAUGCAACUGAUUCUCGAAUCAAUGAAAUUGGAGCCCGUGCUGUCGCCAACUUCGACAACGCUGCCGCCCUGCCUGUCAUCCCCCCUUUACUCGCAAAGAUGUCAACAUGGAUCAGGUCGCACUCGUCGGCGUGUCUUUCGGCGGCGAUCUCGCUCCAUGCUCCACUCGCCGCCUCCCAUGAGCACCGGCUGUCGGCCGUGCUGUCGGUGGAUGGCUUGGAUGACCUGUACUCCCUUUUCAAGGAACAGUUCACCACUGGCCUUCUAGGCCUCUACAAUACUGGCCAGUUCGAUGAGUUUGACAAAUACAUUCUGGCCACCGAGCGCAACACUUCCAUCCCAACUCACCCUUCUGAUUGGUGGCGCCGUCUGCCCGAAUCUAGCGCCAACACCAGCGUCCUUGCCAAUAUCGACUGUCCUGUGUUCAUUGGUGAGGGUGAGAACGAUAGCUCCACGCCGGGUCAGGGAAAGGAGAUGGCCAAGUUGCUGGGAAACAAGAGCACUUACAACCUCUUCCGCACCAGUCUCAGCGCUGGUGAGCACCGUCAGCUCGGCGCCGAUGCCCAGCUAGCCCAAGUUACGCUGGAUUGGCUGGGACGGGGUGAACUGACUGUGCCGCACGAGCAAAUGACCAGGCAAGAUGAUCGCUAUACCUAUCACUAUAAAUCCAUUCACUUAUAUUUUCUGUAUCUUAAAUGA